UUUUUAUUAGCAAUUAGGGUGAAGUCAGCUAAAAUGGGCUAUCAGGUAAAAUGGGCCAAAUAAGGUUGUAGCAUCAUAUGUGACCCUGGACCACAAAACCAGUGUUAAGUGUCAAUUUUUCGAAAUUGAGAUUUAUACAUCAUCUGAAGGCUGAAUAAAUAAUCUUUCCAUUGAUGUAUGGUUUGUUAGGAUCGGACAAUAUUUGGCUGAGAUACAACUAUUUGAAAAUGGAAUCUGAGGGUGCAAAAAAUUCUAAAUAUUGAGAAAAUCGCCUUUAAAUUUGUCCAAAUGAAUUCUUAGCAAUGCAUAUUACUAAUCAAAAAUGACGUUUUGAUAUAUUUACAGUAGUAAAUUCACAAAAUAUCUUCAUAGAACAUGAUCUUUACUUAAUAUACUAAUGAUUUUUGGCAUAAAAGAAAAAUCUAUAAUUUUGACCCAUACAAUGUAUUUUUGUCUAUUGCUACAAAUAUACCCCAGCGACUUAAGACUGGUUUUGUGCUCCAGGGUCACAUAUCUCUUUAAAUUUGUACAGAAAAUCACAAUAACUGAUCUUGCAUUGUUGCUUCAACACUUGUUGACAUCAUGUAACAAUCAUUUUUAUUGCUCUGAGUUUUUUAAGGCGGGCAGGGCAGAGUGUUACAUGAAGCUCGUCAGAGAAAUUGUAAGGUAAUUGAGCCUGACAAGGAAAAUUUCAUUAAUCACUAAUAAGGGUACUAAAGCAAUUAUAAGUAAGCUUACCAACAAAGCAAAGGUUUAUGAACAUUGUUUUGACAUGCCCUUUCAAAUAAAAAAAGUUUAAUUUAUAAAAGAAACUUUGAUUUUUGUGAAAAAAAGUCAUUUUAGGUAGAAAUGGCUGGUUGAGCUAAAAUGGGCCACAAUUUUCAGCUAAAAUGGGCUGCACACACACACUUUUAGACAGAAAUUGAGGGUGAAAAUAGAUUUAUAAGCCUACUGUAGAUAUGUAUCCAUACAAAAUCUUAACAGUCUUUAAAAAAAUAAUAAUAAUACAAGCAUACACACAUGCAUGCACACAAAAGACACCAAUGCACAGAAACGCAUAUUACACAACAUGAUCAGCUCAUUUUUAAUUGCAUUGUUUAAUUAAAUAUUCAUUCAACUUUCUAUUUAAUAAAAUACAUUUAUGGUGUUGCUAUGGCACAAUAAAGACAAUAGUGUCAAUUUACCGUUAAAAAUAAAAUGAUUUAAGCUGAAAUUACCUGUGUUGUUCUCUUUUUAUAUUGGCCCAUUUUACCUGAAUGUUGUGCCGUGGCUCAAGAAGGUACCUGCUGAUACUCUUAACUCUCAUAAUUUAAAAACUUUUUCACAUUUAAAAAAUAUAAAUAUAUUUAAGAAACCCAUGCUAAUUUAUAAGAAUAUCAUUAGAUCUCAUGCAUAGCUUAUAUGAUGGUAUUAUAAGUCAUUUACCAAAACGUGGCCCAUUUUAGCUUAAAAUUAUUUCAUAACGAGUCACAAUGAGUCUUCACAGUUGUUUUUUUGUUUUUUCAUUUUCAUUCAAAAAUACCAAAUUGAUUACAUUCCUGAAUCUAUACCAUUCAGAUACAGGAUGUAGAUACUAGGCUAUAUUAAUAUCUUUUGUAUGAAGCGCCACCCGCGAGCGCCUGCGUUCCGUUUGCGCGCGCUACGUCACAAUCACCUACCGAACUCGCGUGAGUCCUCCCACCGCCCACGCGUGACAUCUGAAAGAAAAAAAAAAUGAAAUAAAUAAAUGAGCAAGGUGCAGUUCUGCCAGGAGCCGUGAGUGUGUGUGCGCGCGUGAAUGUGUGUGUGGCGUCUGUCUGAAAUAUGAACCGCUUGUGUUAGACAUCAGGAGGGCGAUUCAAAACGGGGGAAAUAUCACACCACCACCACCACCAUCCUCAUCAUCAUCCUUCUGUUCCGCGCGGAAAACCAGCCAAAUUAAAUUAGGGUGGUGAAAUUAUUUGUGCGAGCUGCCUAUGAAGGGGAGGAAGGUGUGACACACACACUACAGAGUGUGUGUUGUGCUUUGCAUUAGUGUUAAUGCUCUUAUUUACUACUCUCUUAAUUACCUGCCAUGGAAAACUGGAGCGUACAUGUCGUGAUCUGAGAAAAGCAUCGAGUUAUUCUUAUGGAUUAACAUAUGAUCUGAACUCAACCCAGGUCAAACCGCUCCUCACUCCUCCCUCUCCGUUUUUUCUCCUCCUCUCCCUCCCCUAUGCUCAGUUCGGUGUGUGUCUCCUCAUUCAAAGGGCGCAAGGGUGGGAACAAGUCGUCCAACAAAGCAUGUUACAGCGCCGACAUGACUUGCCCGUCGGAAAGCGAGAAAAUCGUCAUCAACUGCGGCGGCGUGAGGCACGAGACGUACCGGAGCACCCUGAAGACGCUGCCUGGGACGCGUCUGUCGUGGCUCACUGAACCGGACGCCUUCAGCAACUUCGACUACGACCCGAAGUCCGACGAGUUCUUCUUCGACCGGCACCCGUCCGUUUUCUCGUUCAUCCUCAACUACUACCGGACGGGCAAGUUGCACUGCCCCAACGACGUGUGCGGCCCGCUGUUCGAGGAGGAGCUCGCCUUCUGGGGCAUCGACGAGACCGACGUGGAGGCGUGCUGCUGGAUGAACUACCGGCAGCACCGGGACGCGGAGGAGGCGCUGGACAGCUUCGAGAACCCCGAGCCGGAGGUACCGGACGACGACCCGGCGCUCGCGGGGGACGGAGACCUGAAGCGGCUCUGCCUGCAGGAGGACGGCAGGAAAGUGGGCUGGUGGCGCGUGUGGCGACCCCGGAUCUGGGCGCUCUUCGAGGAUCCCUAUUCGUCCAAAUACGCGCGGUAUGUGGCAUUCGGAUCCCUUCUGUUCAUCCUCAUCUCCAUUUCCACCUUCUGCAUGGAGACGCACGAAGCGUUCAACACCAUCUACAACAAAACGGAGAACGUGACAGACGGGAAUGUGACGAGAGAGGAGAUCGUGUACGAGGUGGUGACGGACAGCUGGCUGACGUACGUGGAGGGAGUGUGCGUCAUCUGGUUCACCAUCGAGGUGUUCACGCGCAUCAUCUUCUGCCCGGACAAGGCCGAGUUCUUCAAGAGCGCGCUGAACAUCAUCGACUUCGUGGCCGUCCUGCCUUUCUACCUAGAGGUCAGUCUGAGCGGACUCUCCUCCAAAGCGGCGAAAGACGUGCUGGGCUUCCUGCGAGUGGUGCGCUUCGUCCGAAUCCUGCGUAUCUUCAAGCUGACGCGCCACUUCGUGGGCUUGCGGGUUCUCGGGCACACGCUUCGCGCAAGUACCAACGAGUUCCUCCUGCUCAUCAUCUUCCUCGCUCUCGGCGUCCUCAUCUUCGCCACCAUGAUCUACUACGCCGAGAGGAUAGGAGCCAGUCCGGACGACCCUACGGCGAGCGCGCACACCAACUUCAAGAACAUCCCCAUUGGUUUCUGGUGGGCCGUGGUGACCAUGACCACCUUAGGCUAUGGAGAUAUGUAUCCGGAGACGUGGUCGGGCAUGCUGGUGGGGGCGCUGUGUGCCCUCGCGGGGGUGCUGACUAUUGCCAUGCCCGUCCCCGUCAUUGUGAACAACUUCGGCAUGUAUUACUCUCUGGCCAUGGCCAAGCAGAAGCUGCCCAAAAAGAAGAACAAACACAUUCCACGAGCCCCGCAACCCGGCUCGCCCAAUUACUGCAAGCCGGACGCCCUCGCCAUGGCCACGGCCUCGCCCCAGAGGAUCCUGGGUAACGUGCUGGGCGGCGUGCUGGGCUCGAGCGGGCUGACGGGGGACUGUCCUCUAGCUCAGGAGGAGAUCAUAGAGAUUAACAGAGACUCGAAGCAGAACGGUGACGCAGCCAGCGCCGCUCUAGCAAACGAGGACUGUCCAACAAUCGAUCAGGUUCUUAGUCCGGACGAGCGCAGCCCGGUGGGCCGAACACAGGAACGCUACCAGCAGGACAGAGCCUGCUUCCUCCUCAACACGCGAGAGUUUCGACCCACUGAUGGGAAUGUGCGGAAAGGUUGUGUCAUAUCCCGCGUUUCCACGGGUUACGAGAAAUCUCGCAGCCUGAACAACAUAUCAGGAAUGGCGGGGUCUUCCCUGCGUUUGACCCCCAUCACCAGCACACCCUUUGACCCUUACGAGGCCCCGGGACCCCUCCGUCGCUGCCGCUCACCCAUUCCCUCCAUUUUGUAGCAGAAAAAGAGGAAAGAGUGACAGAACGACUCAGGAAAGGAGGAGAGAAGGGCAGGACAGCCUCACACUCACAUUCAUAGCAAUAACAAUGACUGACCGCGUCAGUAGAUACAGAGCUGUUUGUCAAUGACCACGGGUCAUGUUAGUUACGAACUGGACUUGGGAGGUUAACCAGGUCAACAACUGCACGUAUGUUUAAGAACCGAAGGAAGUGCUUUGUUUUUCCGCCAUGCUUUCUGGGUCAGACAAGAUAUUAAACAUAUGAUUUUGACGCUCAAGGCAGAUAAAUUAAUGCAUUUUCAUUUCAAAUACACUCAUUUUGUGUUCCUUUUCCCUCAAACUCUGAAUUAAGAUGAAUAUUACUGUGAAUACAUGCAAUUCUGGGCUGUAGAAAACGGCAGAAUUUUUAAUGCAAGAAUGAUGAACAUAUGCAAUCAUUACUCUGCACAUAGGGGUUAAAAAUUAAAUGUAUCACACAUACGUGUAUGCUUUGUUUGUAUUUGUCUUUGAACUGAAAUAAUUUAGUUUAAUUGCAAAACUAUUGAAUCAAAAUUGAAUGGGGGAAUCUGGCAAAUUGAUUUUUUGAGCUUUGAUAAUACAGUCUCUCCAUGAAACUUUAUUUUAAUUUGCACAUGGUCACCAUCAUUGUUUGUUUGUUUAAUCAUAUGCAUACUGUGUUUUGCCCAUUAUAACAUGUUGCCAAAUUUCGCCCACCUCUGAGCAAAGACUUGCAAUCCAAAAACUGUACAUGAGGAGCAAAAAAAAGAAUUAUUUUCCUUUGUUUGCCAUUGUACACUGUGCUUGUGAUGUGUUAGUGUUAGAUUUUAAGAUGAUGCUCCAAAAAAAAACUCUAAAAACGCUCAUUCACCCAUAAAUAUAUAUGCAAAAUGUGCAAUAUUCCAUCCUAAUUCAUAAUGCUGCAAACGUACGCACAUGUGGUGUUAUAAAUGUAUGUGCAAAAGAAUUAAUCUUGAUGAAAAGGUUAAAAGAAUGGAAGAUGACGAAGAGGAUGUGAUGAUUUUAAGAGCAUUUCUUGUUUGUCUUGUCAAUGUUAGUGUCCUGCUGUUGUUUUUUAAUUAUAUUUUGAAUGUUUUUCAAAGACGAAUUGUUUUUGUUUUCAAAAACAUUACACAACAGUUUCAUUUGUAUAUGAUAUAUACGUAAGUGUUACUGUGUUUCUUUUUGGAUAAAUAGAAAUAGACAAAAAAAUAUACAGUAUAUAUGUGUAUUCAGGUCGAUGUGACCGAGUGCUUCCAGAAUCAUUAACAAAAGAGGUGAUACUAAGUAAUUAAGCCAUUUCUGAGAAAAUACUUCCCUGAAAUAGCAAAAAAAAAAAAAAAAAAGAAAAUAACAUUGCAAUAAUUGCAAAGUUGUAGUAUAUAGGGAACUGUAUGUUAUCUAGUUCUUAAUCAUUAAAUGUGAUUUAGUUUCCCAAUGGAGAACAACCCACUGCUGAGACAGUAAAUAUAUCAGUAAGGAGCCAUUUUGUUUUAAACAUGGCUCCUCGAUCAUGCAAACCUGGAUCCUAUAAUGUACCCGGCAUUGUGCAAGAUUCAAUUCUCCAAAGUGAUUGCAUUUUCCAAUUCAGGAUUGGUACAGUUUCUAUAAUAACCAAAGUCUGGCAAUUUAGAAUGAGCCAUUUAAGAAAAAGUCAUUUUCUGACAAAGUCAAAGGAUAUGAAAAAAGUAUCUAAAGUUAAUCAAAUAUACACUACCAUUCAAACAUGUUUUUUUUUUUUUGAAGAAGAAGAAAUAAUACUUUUAUUCAGCAAGGAUGCAUGAAUUGCUCAAAUGUGACAGUAACCAAGAGUAACCAAAGUUUUCUAUUUUAAAUAAUUGCUGUUCUUUUGAACUUUCUAUUCAUCAAAGGAUCCUAAACAAUUUUUUAUCACUUUAAUAAUUAUAUGUUUUCAACAUUGCUAAUAAUAAGAAAUAUUUCUUGAGCUUCAAAACAGCGUAAAAUGAUUUCUGACGGAUCACGUGACUCUGAAGACCGGAGUAAUGAUGCUGAAAAUUCAGCUUUGCAUCACAGAAAUAAAAUCCAUUUUAAAAUAUAUUCAAAUAGAAAACAGUUAUUUUAAAUUGCAAAAAUAUUUCCUAUUUUUACUGUAUUUUUGAUCAAAUAAAUGCAGCCUUGCUGAGCAUAGGAGACCUCAAAAACAUUUUAAAAAAUCUUACUGACUCCCAACUUUUGAAUGGUAGUAUAUAUCAGUAGUACAGUAAAUCUUUCAUUUUAAAGUUUGAAUAUUAAAAAAAAAAAAAAAAAAAAUUAGGUGCCGGGAACAGCGAGAAACAGCAUUAUAUCAAUGCAAAAUCUGCAGUGGGUGUACAUGCAUCUGUGGUGGGAUUGAAUCCUGCACGACACCGGCGCCAAUCCUUGUUAAAAUGAUUGUAUUUUAACAAACAUGUAGCGGGACGCCAGGCCUCCUCAUACACUGUGAAACCAGAGACUUUCUUCCUCUAAAACUGAUUAGUCUCCAUUAGUUAUGGAUCUCUAGUGAUUAGAUUCAUUCUCUAGAUAAAAUAAUAAUAAUAAUGUCUUUCCUCCAUUUGUGAGUUGAUGUUAAAAUUAAUAUUGUGCUGUUCUUGUAGUAUGCAGAUGUUUAAAAUGUUAAAAAAGGACUUUUAAGAACUGUUUUUUUUUCUUGUGUAUACUAUGUAGCUGUGCCCUAUACAACACUGUCAGGUCACUGAAACACAUCGAACAUGUUUAUAUUAAAAAAGCAAGAGCCCUCUAUGAGGAUAAUUUAGGCUACAGUGUUGUUGUAGAGACUCCUACACCGCUAGCUAGAUUUAACUAGCUUCACCUGUUAAUGCAAAGCUUCUAGGCCGACAUGAUCUGUACAAAUGUGUAGCUACGCGAGCGAAUGCCCAUUAAACUCACCUCUGCCUUUCUCUUUAUGUAUGUUGUUUUUUUCUUUAAAGACUCUGUGUUAUGUUGACAUUUAAUGUAUGUAAAUGAGUGUUUGUUUAUGGUGCGUGUGUGCAUUUUGAAUUUGUGUUUGCACAUUAACUGAAAACUGUCAUUGAAAUGCAAUCAUUCGCCCAGAUUACAUUCGAAUGUGUAAAAACAACACAAAGGGGAAUUUUGAGUUGUUGCUUCUUGUUGCUUCUUACCUGAACUAAAAUGUACAAAAUCAUAGAUAUUGUUAGUGGCUCAGGCAUAAUCUCAAUGUUCAGCUGUUUCAUUUUCUCAUAUAUUGACACCACCUGAUAAUAAAUGACUGCGCUUACAUUAUUAUAGUUGAAUGAAUUAUCUGUUAACUGAAUUCUUACAGUACAUGCUUAACUUUUACCAGCCAUCCACAGGUAAACCUUCCCCAGCUUUCUACUGUUCUCAGUUUUAAUCAAUAAGUUUCCUUUAUCAGUGAUAAUGUAGUAGCUUAUUAUAUUUUAAAUUGAUCUAAAAUGUAUCUGGGGUGGACUAUUCCAUUCCUGCUAUAUCUAGAAAGUUAUUUGGCCACAUAUAGUGUUAAUACGCAAGUGUGAUCUCCAGUGGCUUCGGAUUUCAGGUUAAACACUGUGUUAUCAUUAAUUGUAAUUAGCACCUGUGUGUUUUCUCUGGGACUGGACUUUUUCACCCCUGAGAAGAUACAUUGCACAGCCGGUGUUCAGUGCAUGCAACUUCAUCUUGAGCUCUGUGUGUGUAGAAGAGUUUUAACUGUGUUUGUCUCCAAUUAUUUUAUUUUUUUUCUUUCGGUUUUUCAGUAGCUUUGUAUUUGUGUGAUUUUCUACAUCUUAAAGGAAUAGUUCACCCAAAAAUGAAAAUUUGCUGACAGUUUACUCACCCUCAGGCCAUCCAGGAUGUAGAUGCAUUUGUUUCUUCAUCAGAACAGAUUUGGUGAAAUGUAGCAUUGCAUCACUUGCUCACCAAUGAAUCCUCUGCAGUGAAUGGGUGCCGUCAGAAUGAGAGUCCAAACAGCUGAUAAAAACAUCACAAUAAUCCACAAGUAAAAAAGUCCAUCUCUUGUUCUCUCACACCAAAAUCCACCCACAUAUUUGUUUAGGACUGAUUUGGACUGUUUUGUCUUGUUAACAUUGCUUGAUCUGUGCAUAUUUCUCACCUGAUGCAGAUGAGACAAAUUUGUCACUGGACAAAGCUAAAUUAUGGAUAGAAGACUCGUAUUUAAGAUUUUAUCAACAGUUUGAAGGUAAAAACACUGAAGCAUUUUGCUUCACAAUAUGUUAAUUGGACUGGAGUGGUGUGGAUUACUUGUGGAUUAUUGUGAUGUUUUUAUCAACUGUUUGGACUCUCAUUCUGACGGCACCCAUUCACUGCAGAGGAUCCAUUGGUGAACAAGUGCUAAAUGAUGAAUAAACAAACUCUUCUACAUCUUGUAUGGCAUGAGGGUCGGUACAUUUUCAGCAAAUUUUUGGGAGAACUAUUCUUUUACAUUUUUCUGUGAUUUUUCUUUUAAACGCUUUGCAUAAUUAAUGUUCAUUUCUAAUAAAAUCAUUAUAUCUCUGUUUUUGUCCACAGUGUUAAGUUUCUAGCAUUUGGAAAUUCUAUUAAGGAGACACGGUUAGUCGCUGAAUCCUGAAAAUUUUGCCGAUGGGGCCGUACCAUCCACGCGGGACAUGUGAGGAAUGUCGGAGUGGCAAGAGGGUGUGACUGGAAACAAAAAACAAAUGGGAAAAAAAAGAAAAACAAGGAAACUGGAAUUUUCCGAGGCCGGAUCUUCACACGGUAACCAAAGCAACCUCACCGAAAUUCCGGAUCACUCCUCUUUCUACAGACUGACUGACUUUAUAGCAACAAAACCGAACAUUGCACUGACACCUGAAAGAGAAAAAAGACUCUUGAAGGAACGAACGGAAAACAUUCCAAUGUUUUAAGAUCAAAACACCAGGCGUUUUGACUGCCACACUCACCUGGGCCCUGAGUUUCUGUAUAUUAAUCUAUAUGUAAGAAUGAAGGACCAAGUUAGAAUAAUUAUGUAGCAUUUCUGCUAAGACCCUGUAGCAUUUCUUGGCUGGGAGAACUCUCCGACAGACUUUUUACAGACUGGUAUUUCAUUGACCGUUUGCACAGAAUGACUAAAAAUGGCUUAGUCAUGCACAAUUUUUCUUGUUUUCUUCCCCCACUCAGCAUAUUAGCAGCAAAAUGUGUUGUUUGUGCAUUGCCGUGUGGUAGUUCCCACUCCCCGUCCAAGUCUUAGAGUAGCUUUUCUUUGUGAAUGAAUCUGGAGCACUGAAAAGUGAAACACAGCACUCUGCUUUGGUAACAGACGUACGUUGCUAUUCCCAAACAGUCUUCCAGUUUUUUUCCCGAGCGUUCGGGGGAGGCAACAUCGAAAACAGUCCUGACAGACCAAAGCCCAACUGUGACCAAAUAAUGUACGAAAGCUAAAAUGGCACAAAUAACUUAAGACGUUCCCUGUCAGAUCUGAACUUUUCGUCCCUUUAAAUACGAACGGAUUGGCUGUUCUGCCAGGGGUGCUGUUUAUAAUUCCCAAAAAAACCUUAAAAUGAGGGAAGUCUCUCUCGUUCCUGAUUAUAGAGAUUUAUUUUGUCAUUUAUUUAGUAGAGCUGAUGCUGCCAUUGAUUAUAUACAAGCACAUGCCAGUGCUUGGACCAAUAACAAGUGGAAGUUUGUUUUUUCUUCGUGGAAAGAGGGUAUAAAGGUCAGGGAAAUGCAGAGACAUUCUUAAAAUCUCCCUUUCUAAAAAUCGUCUAUACGUCUAAAACUGCCUUUUCAGAGUGUCCCUCCGUCUCUGUCUUGUAUUCUCUCCUAUUGGCUUGACAGCGCCGUUCCUUCUUAACUAAUCAGAGGGAGCGUGGGAGGUCACGCCAAACGAAUCAAGAAGAAUAAAUGUACAAAAAAAGAACAAAUUUAUAUUUUGAUAAGUAGUUGCAAAAAUAUGUCCAUGGUUCACGAGGAACACGACGCAACCGGCGUCCGAACGCGACUGUAAAAAUGCAACGACGACCACCCUACGAACAGCCGCCGACUUAUACAAAAAAAAGGCCGAAAGAAAAUAUAUUAACGCUCUCUUUUGGAGAGAGGGCACAAAAACAGAAGAGAUUGUUUCCUCGUAGACUGAACUGUGAGAAAAUGGAUGUCAAAAUAUAUGAGAAAAAAAAAAACAAAUGAAAAAAAAAAAUACUCGGAGAGAAAAAAACAUGAAAAAAUGCAUUUUUGUAACUUUGUUUACCAGCAUGAGAACUUUGCAUGACUGUAUUUUCUGCUAGCCCUUAGUUGAAGUGGGGAGGGCUAAAAUAAUAAUUAAAAAAAAGAUAUUAAUAAUAAAGAUGUUAAUAAAAAUAAAUAAAUAAAAAACAUGAUAUGCAAUGGAUAUUUAAGAAAAAUGAUAUAUUUAAAAGAGCUAUAUUUUGUUUUGAAAUAGGAAAGAAAUGUGAAUAAAUUCUGACUGCAGUUACACAAUGAACUGUUUUAUUAGUUUAAGAUUUAAAAAAAAAAAAUCUCAAUGCCACCAAAAGUGAUUCUGCUACAUACUGCCCCAUGUUACAUUCUCGUUCGGUUUCAUUUAUUCCAUCGAAACGCCACCUGGACUGUAUAUUUUGGUUGCGAAUCUCUCUCUGUAUGCCGUAGGAGUCGUCUAUCUCGUCUCUUAUUGAAGUGUUCGGCUAAUGUUUGUCUGCGUACAACAUUAGUUCCCUCUGUAGCCAUGAUAACAACUGUGCUGAUGCUAGAAUCCUCUGUAAGCGGGAUAUGGCGUCUUUUCCCACAUGCAUCGGGGCUGAUAGCGUUUCAUUCUCACUUUGAGUUCACCUGCUCUCAUUGGCAAUAAUAUGAAUGAUAAUCUAGAGAUCUGCUUGAUGGAGAUUGUAGCAAGGCAAAGUGGAGACUCGUACCAGUCUCAGCGUCUUCCUUACGAACAGAUGCAGCAUGGAAAACUGUGUUUUUGUAGAGGCAUCGUGUCUCUAAUCUCAGGUGAAAAAUGUGAAUGCUCAGUUCCGCAACGGACCUCUGCCUGCCCGUGCAGCUAUUUCUCAUUUUCAUCUCGUCUGAUUGUUUUCAAGAACAUUUUGCUGUCAUUUGUUGAUGUAUUUCCUGUUAAAACAGGAAGUUAGAACACAGGCAUCAAACCUUGCCAAUAGUCUUUAGCCUUUAGCUUAGCAAAAUCACAGCUAAUAGCUAAUUCAAUGGGCGAAAGCAAUGAAAACACUUGAAUAUGAAAAUUUGUCAUUCUGUAACAUUGGCUACAGAACUAGAAAUCUUAAAAUCUUGAAAUCUUUUUGUUUAUCAUACAACUAGUUUUGGGUCUCAAGACACAAGCUAAAUCUUUAACAUUUAGCUUUAGGUGAAUAAAACAUCUCAGUUGAGUUAAAUUUGUUUAUCUGUCAUUCUCUGAUAUGGGCUACAUAAUUAAAAUUGCUAACUCUAAUCAUGCUAAUUUGGUGUCCGAAAAUGUGCAGUUUUGCAAUUUGUUUAGCAGUUGUUUUUGUAUCUCAGGACACCAGGCUGAAGCUAAAGCUUUCGCAAUUAGCAUAUGAGUUAAAUGUUAUUCUAAUGCUACAGAAUUAAAAUAGCUAACUCUGGUCAUGUUAAUUUGGUGUCUUGAAAUGUUUCGUUUUACACAACAUGUUUAUCAUAUCAUCGUUUUCGGUUUUCAGGACACCAGGCUCAAGCUAAACUUUUAGCAUUUAGCUUUACGUUAAUAUGAAAAUCAAAGUUAAAUGUUUAUCAGUUGCCAUAUUUGGCUACAGAAUUAAAAUUGCUAAACAUGAUCGGUGUCCUAAAUGUUCAGUUUUACACAACAUGUUUAUCAUAAAAGUUAAUUUUGCUUCUCAGGACAACAGUUUGAAGCUAACCUUUAGCAUUUAGCUUUAAGCAAAUGCAAAACAUCAUAGUUAGUUAAAUGUGUUAACUGUUAUCUGUUCAGUUUUACACGUUUCAUAAAAGUUGUUUUUAGUUCUCAAGACACCAGGCUAAAGCUAAACCCUUAGCUUAUAAGCCAAUGAAAAACAUUUGAGGUUUUUUUUUUUUUUUUUCAGAUGGGCCUCACCGAAAGGAAACUUUGGCCUCACUCUAGUAGCAUCUUUAGCAUGGUAGCACUGCAGCUAAUCUAUUAGCAUUUAACACAAGGGCAUUUGCAAACUUGUUCACAUCAUUGAAGAAUGUGCAAAAAUUAGUGAGAGUCCUAUGCAAGACCUAUUAGCUAUAAGCUACAUGACAUAUAUUUUUAGUAAUUGAAUCAGUCAACUUAAGCCAACGAGUCAAGGUUAUAUUUUCAUUGCAGAUGUGUGUGAUUUUCUUUCAGUGACAGGGCAGAUAGAAGAUAAAAUAUGGCCAGUUGCCCUUGAAAAGGUGCUUGACUGUCUUGUCGCUGAUAUUGUAGAUGAAAAGCUUCUGCUAAUUAGCAAGUCGACAGAAAUGAUGGAAAGGACAGAACGAAGUAAAUAUGAGAGACGGUGACGGUUCGAGCAGGCAGCGGUCCGGUGUCUGGUGUGGGGGGCGGUUUGUGAUAUUUCGGGUGUGCUGAUAUCAUCGGCUUCUGAUAUAUAGUGGAAGUGAACAUGCGACCUUUAGGAGAAAGACAAUAUGACACAGCUUAUAUUUUCGAAACCUUACCAAGCGAAAACGAGAUGUCUCGACCGGUGCUGGGUCACUGGGUCCGUUCCCAGCCCAGAAUGAAACCUUAGAGCCCAAAUAGGUCUUUGUUUUUUCGAAGUUGUGCAUAUUUAUAGUUUUAUAAAUGCUUUUGUUUAUAAUUAUCAAUUUAUUGAAUAGUUUAUAUUUUAUACAGAGUUUUUUUGUUCUGAGUUCAUCACUUUGUUCCAUUUCGAAGAUUGUUCAUAUUUUUUAUGACCACUUUCUUGUUGUUCGCUAUGAAUAUAAAAAAGAGCCUGUGUUUGGUUUUAUUUUAGAAGGCAUUAAGACCACUCUGGUCCAGGGGUCACAAAUAAAUCAUUUAAAGCAUGCUUCUAGCAGGAACACGACGACUCAUAUCCACACAGGCAAAUGCCAGUCUGAUUUAGUUUUAUUCUUAAACAUGUUGGUUUUGUUUUCAGGACAAGUUGAGCUUGUCUCUCCAUCUUUCGUGCACAUUGAAGCGCACUGCCCUCUUAAGAUGAUUUGGAAUGGUAGAUCUGUCUGCAUCUAAUUCUUCUUGUUCGAUUUACUGUGCCUGCUCUUGUAUCCAGUGUCAGUUCGAUCACCCGUUUCUUGUGUAUUAAGUUUGAUUUGAUGUACUUGAAUUACAGAUAUGCAAUCACCACCUCUCUGACCACUGCCAAUCAUCCCAAUCGAUCAACAUGAUCAGUAAUCAAUAUGAUUAAAGUGUUUAACAAC